UAGUUUUUCAGUUUGCUACGACCAAAGAGAUUCCAAUUCCUAAUCUAUAUUCCUGCUUGGUCUUCCUAAUAUCGUAAAAAAAACUGAAGUUAAAGACACAACAUGUUCGAAAUAUUCCAAUUGGAUUCAAAUUGAGGGUUGCUACAUUUUCAAGUUGAUGGGAAAACAUUGGAUUGAGGAAAGCCGGCUGAAACUUAUGUAAUAAAGUAACAAAUAGUAGAUAGCAAUAAAUGUGGAAAAUAUUAUUAAUGUUACUAUUGGUUGUAACUACAAAGAGAGGUGCCUUCCAUCAAACAACAUGCAAGGAAUGGAUUUCAUGUUUAAAGAAUACACAACACGCUCCAUUUUGUCCUCAUUGUUCCGGUAACAGAACCAAUACCAUAUACUUGCUCUAUGACGUAAAUCCUCCAGAAGGUUUUAACCUGCGUCGUGAUGUGUAUAUACGUUUGGCAGUUUUUAUGCGCCAAUUCCAACAGAAGUCUGGAUUUAAUAAUGUUCGUCUAAUAUUGCCUCCAUGGCGCCGAUUAUAUCAUUGGAAGUCUGUUCACAUAGAACAGGAUCAUUUGCCUUGGAAAAAAUUCUUUGAUGUGGAAAGUUUAAGAAGAUUUGCACCCGUGCUUGACUAUCCAGAAUUUUUAGAUGACAUCAAAGAUUUUGGAUUGGAGGAAAGCCCUUUGGUACCAGUUCAUAAAGUGCUUCAACUGCGACAUUUUAAGGAUAUGUUCGAAAACGGCAUCUUCAGAGAUAAAUGGGAAUUCAGUGAUGACUGCGAAGGUACAUCCCACUCGUUGGAAGGAUCAUUCUUAAAGCAGCCUCCACUUUGGAUAAAAGAUACUAAAAUUCAAUGUGUAAGCUUUCAAGGUAGUGCAAAUCUUUUGACGCAAGUUAUUCAACGUGUCUAUCGUAGUUUGGAUGACAGACCUUUACCUAAAGUGAUUGCAAUUUUGAAUGCUGAAGUAGUUUUACAUGAACACUGGGCCGAUAGAGAAUUUUGGAAAGCUCGGCGUUCAAUGCGCUUUGCUGGAAAUCUAGUAGAAAUUGCUGCAAAAUUUCGUCACACCCACUUCGAUAGCAAUGACCAACGAGAUAAUGUACAACGACCUCCAAUGUGGGAAUAUGAAAAUCCCAGUCACAAAGGCCUCGCUAUUGGAGGACCAUAUCUUUGCGCCCAUUUGAGACGAGGUGAUUUUCUCUAUGGUCGCGAAGCCACAACGCCUACGUUAAAAUCCUCAGCUCUACAAAUCAAAUAUCAUUUGAUAAACUACAAUCUUAGCACUGUUUUCCUAGCCACCGAUGCCACGGCAUUUGAAAUUAAAAACCUUAAAUCAUAUAUACCACGUCAUCGUGUUGUUCGUUUCACAGCAGAAGAUCUGCAACAGAAAGCCUCUAUAAAGGAUGGCGGAAUUGCCAUAAUAGAUCAACUUAUCUGUGCCCAUGCCCAUUUCUUUGUGGGCACCUAUGAAAGUACUUUCACUUAUCGUAUAUACGAAGAAAGAGAAAUUUUAGGAUUUCCCAAAUCGAGAACAUUUAAUACGCUGUGCAAAAAAUCCACUAUGGAAAGCUGUUCACAGAAUUCCGUUUGGCCGAUUGUGUAUUAGGGUUGAGGAUACCAUCCAUAAGAAUCUGCAAUACCAAUAUAGUACAUAAUACUCGAAAUCCAAAGACAAAGCUUGAUUUUUAAGAAAUGCCUAUUAUUAAAUGUGUUCUACAUAGUAUACUAAGCAUUGUUAUUUUAAAAUUACACAUUUUGACUAAGUUUUAAUGUUUAAGCAAUUUAAAUAAAGUCUUUUAAUAUUUGCAAA